CGUGUAUCCCAAUUAGCCGCUGAGCAAGACGAAACGUAACCGCCGAGCAAAACUUCAUUAGCCGCCGAGACUACCACCCGCUAAACUCGCCCCUGCCCACCCGUCAUUCCACCUUACCCGAUUACAAUUGCAUACCUAACCCCCUUAUAAUACUUUGCCUCCUAUAACAUGACGUUACCCAGAGCCCUCCAGAAGACCGUCGACCUCUUCGACCGUUUCUUCCUCCUGGAAAAGCCCUCCCCCUCGCUCACAAUUGCCGACUUGAACCUCCAGUUCGACCCUAAGUUGUCAAUCAUCAAGUUCAAAAACUACAAGUUCACAAUCGGCGAAAAGAUCCACUACGGCUUUCUUCUCAUUGUCUUUGCCUGGGUCUUCUUUAUCUUGCCUAUCCCAGUCAUCUUUCGUUUCCUCAUGUCUGCCGCCCUCUUCACCGCCUGUGUUAUCCCCUUCACCAGCCAGUUUUUCAUCUCCGCGUUACCUAUAUUUGCCUGGUUGGCGUUCUAUUUCUCGUCGUCCAAGAUCCCAGCUGAAUGGAGACCUCGCAUCAGCGUCAAAUUCCUUCCAGCCAUGGAAACCAUUUUGUACGGCGAUAAUUUGAGUGAUGUGUUGGCUUCGUUCACGUUGUCUUUCUUGGAUGUCUUGGCUUGGUUGCCGUACGGCUUCUUGCACUUUACCACUCCGUUUGUGGUGGCUGGGUUAAUUUUCUUGUUUGGUCCUCCAACCUCGCUUAGAUCGUACGGCUUUGCCUUUGGCUACAUGAACUUGGUGGGUGUUUUCAUCCAAAUACUCUUCCCGGCUGCUCCUCCUUGGUACAAGAACUUGCACGGUUUAGAGCCAGCCAACUACUCCAUGGACGGUUCAGCUGGUGGAUUGUCCAGAGUCGAUGCCUUGUUCGGCGUUGACAUGUACACCACCACCUUCAAGAACUCUCCAUUGGUAUUUGGCGCUUUCCCAUCCUUACACUCGGGGUGUGCCUCCAUGGAUGCUUUGUUCAUGACCUGGUUGUUUCCGCGCUUGGCGCCUAUCUGGUGGGGGUACAUCGGUUUGUUGUGGUGGAGUACAAUGUACUUGACCCACCACUACUUCAUUGACUUGAUGGCCGGUGUGUGUUUGUCCUUCUUGGUGUUCCACUACACCAGAUACACCAACUUACCGGUUGUCGACGCCACCAAAUUCUGCCGUUGGUCAUACGCCACUGUGGAGUGGAUCAACUACAAGGAGGUUGACCCAUUGGCUUACCUUGGCUACGGCCGCGAAGACGUUGAGAUGCAAUCCAUGGAGGCGUCCUCCAGCAACCCUACCUUGUUUGAAGCCCCUGUGUUCGAAAUGGGCUCCCACAUUAUUUCCCGCAAUAACUCUUCCUCCGUAGUCCUCACGGCUCCUGCUGCUAUCUCCAAGGUUGCCUCUUCGUCUGUGAGGUCUGCCCAUUUAUUACCAAUUGUUGACGACGAGGCCCUGGUGUCUCGCCCUGAAACCCCUUCCGUCUUUGAUGAGGAGGACGACUCCAGAAUGGCCUCUUCGUCCUCGAAUACGUCUUUAGACGAAAUGUUUGAUUCCGAAAGAGCCAGUAGCUCCAGAGCCGGUGCUCCUUCCAAGAGAUAAACUCUCCUACCCCUUCAUAAUUCUCCUGCUUUCUUGGCAUACCCAAUAAUGUACUACCUUCCAACCUCCUGGUCUUUGUGCCAAAUGAAAGCAAAAAUACGCACCACAUACAAGUGAC